AGCUUCACCUCUUCUCUGACUCCAUCUUCUUCUUCUUCUUCAUCAGUGCACAGAAAAAGAAACAGAGAGAUUCUCUCUUUUCUAGAGAAAGAGAGAAUAGAAAGAGCAAUUAUAAGAGAGUGUGUGUUCUUUGAUUCAACAAUGGCGGUUUCGCUAAGAUGCUUUUGUACAUGGACAUUGCUGGUUCUAGUUAUGUUUCUGAGAGUAAACGCUGCGGAAGAGAAAGACGAACUGAAAUUGAGGUUGAAGGAAACGCAGGAGUUGCUAAGCUCAAAGAACUCGUCAAUGGCAGAGAGGUCUGAUGAUGCAUGGAACGAGCAUACUGUAGAGGAUUCAGAGGAGGUGGCUGCAAUGGUUGAUGAGAGCAUACGCAACAGCACUGAAAGGAGGAAAUUGGGAUUUUUCUCAUGCGUAACGGGCAAUCCUAUUGAUGAUUGUUGGCGAUGUGAUCCCCAUUGGCAACUCCACAGAAAGCGCCUUGCUAAAUGUGGCAUCGGUUUUGGACGCAAUGCUGUCGGAGGUCGCGAUGGAAAAUACUAUGUCGUUAGUAACCCUGGCGAUGAUGACCCUGUUAACCCAAAACCAGGGACUCUACGCCAUGCUGUCAUUCAAGACCAGCCUUUGUGGAUUGUGUUCAAGAGGGACAUGGUGAUUACCCUCAAGCAAGAGCUUAUCAUGAACAGCUUCAAGACCAUAGAUGCUCGUGGAACCAAUGUCCACAUUGCCAACGGGGCUUGUAUCACCAUCCAGUUUGUCUCAAAUGUCAUAAUUCACGGUCUCCAUAUACAUGAUUGUAAGAGGACAGGCAAUGCGAUGGUUCGUAGCUCGCCUAGCCAUUAUGGUUGGAGAACUAUGGCUGACGGAGAUGGUAUCUCCAUUUUUGGAGCAAGCCACAUUUGGAUUGAUCACAAUUCUCUUUCAAAUUGCGCAGAUGGCCUCAUUGAUGCCAUAAUAGGGUCAACAGCCAUUACCAUUUCGAACAACUAUUUCACUCACCAUAACGAGGUUAUGCUAUUAGGCCACAGUGACUCCUAUAAAAGAGAUAAGCGGAUGCAAGUGACCAUUGCCUAUAACCAUUUUGGUGAAGGUCUUAUCCAGAGAAUGCCCAGAUGCAGGCAUGGGUAUUUCCACGUAGUGAACAAUGACUACACGCACUGGGAAAUGUAUGCCAUUGGAGGAAGUGCUAAUCCCACGAUUAAUAGCCAGGGCAACACAUAUCUUGCCCCUGCCAACGCUUUUGCCAAAGAGGUGACAAAGAGGGUAGACACGGAAACUGGAGUAUGGAGGCAUUGGAAUUGGAGAUCAGAAGGCGACCUCCUGCUAAACGGAGCCUACUUCAUUCCAUCAGGAGCUGGAGCUGCAGCCAGCUAUGCCAGGGCCUCAAGCUUAGGGGCCAAGUCCUCAUCGAUGGUCGGGGACAUCACUUCAACUGCUGGAGCCCUAGUCUGCCGCAGGGGUCGCCGAUGUUAAUUCCCAAUCCCAUCAAUAGUUUAAAAAAACAAAAAAGAUGAGUACAAAAAAAACAUUCAAAAUUUUUCAUUUUCCUCCCCCUGUUAUUGUUAUAAUAGCAGUAUCCAGUAAGAUUGCAGCUACUCUGUUUACAAUAUCCCCUUCUCUGUAUUUCUACACGAUGCCCUGCCCACCAAAUACCUGGCAAGUGUACAUUUAUACUACAUGCGCCAUACUGCUGUCACACCACCAUGCAAUAUUCCACCUGUAACCUUCGCCACCGAUCGACCUCGGCCUGCUUUAAAUGCUGCAGUGUUGUUCCACAUCUCUAUUCCUCGUAGAGUAUAGUCCAUUUGCUUCUUCUCUACUGUAUAAUUCAAUUCUCUAUUGGAUCGGCAUGUCACAGAUAUUGUUUAAUUUGCUAGCCCCAAGGUUCUUUUCUCUAA